CAGGAUAGUAUUUAGAGUGGGGACACAACUGUCAUUGUUACGAGAACCAGUAUUUGCGUCAGUGUCGGCUUGUUUUGCAACUAUCUUGACACUGACAGGAGCCCAAAUACUGUCAAAUAACGUUAGAAAUCCUCUCUCAGAUGUGACGGGAUACAAGAGGGGGAGGAUGGGACCAUCAUGACGACUGAACUUUGCAGCCCACGUUAGAGGCUCUGAACGACCAUUUGUCAAACCAUGCCUUCUGGGCUGGCUAUCGCCUGUCACUCUGUGAAGUGGACCGUCCCGCUUUGGCGAGUUAUUGUUGGCAGCACUGGUUGCUGUUUAGAGCCAGGGCGAUGGCUGCUGGAAAGUGUGGUGCUCAGGAAGUCUUACACCACCGCUGCUCGCAACAGAUGGAAUACAGCGCCAUCCUCGUGGAAAAAUCAGAAGCCGGUCUUCACCAGAGCGCCAACAUAUGGGGACAAGCUGGCUAUCGUAGACAGCAGUGGCCGCUACACGUACAAGCAGCUGUACGCCAGCAGCUUAGGCCUUGCAGGUAAAAUUAGCAGCGCUCUCAACUUGGAUUUUGGCAGCCUCGAGGGAAAACGCAUCUCUUUCCUGUGUGGUAAUGAUGCUUCAUAUACAGUGGCACAGUGGGCUGCGUGGAUGUGUGGCGGGACAGCGGUGCCACUGUACCGAAAGCACCCACCAUCCGAACUGGAGUACAUCAUCUCUGACUCCCAGACGUCACUGCUGGUGGCAGGGCACGCUCAUGCCGAGACCUUAGAGCCGCUGGCACAGAGUCUGGGGCUUCCGUGCCUGACGCUGCCCCCUACUUCCAGCCUAGGCACUUUGGACGACGCAGACAUCCAAGAGAAGGAGGCCGCCAUUACAGACUGGGCAGAGCGACCUGCUAUGAUCAUCUAUACCAGUGGCACCACUGGGAGGCCUAAAGGAGUUCUCCAUACUCACAGCAGCAUCCAAGCCAUGGUCCAAGGUCUGGUUUCGGAGUGGGCGUGGACUAGAGAUGAUGUCAUCCUCCACACUCUGCCGCUCCACCACGUGCAUGGCAUCGUUAACAAGCUGCUGUGCCCACUCUGGGUGGGCGCCACCUGCAUCAUGCUGCCCGACUUCGAGCCACAGAAGGUGUGGGAGAUGCUUCUGAGCUCCAAGACUCCUAUGGUGAAUGUGUUCAUGGCCGUGCCAACCAUCUACUCAAAGCUGAUCCAGUACUAUGAUCAGCACUUCACACAGCCUCAUGUCAAGGACUUUGUCAAAGCAGUCUGCAAAGAGAGGAUCAGGCUGAUGGUUUCAGGCUCAGCUGCUCUCCCGCUGCCCACUCUGCAGCGCUGGGAGGAGAUUACAGGACACACGCUGCUGGAACGCUACGGCAUGACCGAGAUCGGCAUGGCACUGUCCAACCCUCUGAAGGGGCCACGCAUCCCAGGGGCUGUAGGGUUGCCUCUUCCUGGUGUGGAGGUUCGUAUUGUCAUGACCAAUGCAACCAACACCACAAUUGUAGAAGGCAGCCACAGGCAGACUCAGGUAUGCCCAGGUCUGGAGGGGAAGGAGGGGGAGCUCCUGGUUCGUGGCCUGUCUGUCUUUCAGGAGUACUGGAACAAACCUCAAGAAACCAUCGAGUCUUUCACCGCUGACGGAUGGUUCAAAACAGGAGACACAGCAGUUUUUAAGGACAGCGUGUACUGGAUCAUGGGGCGCAGCAGUGUCGACAUCAUCAAGAGCGGUGGUUACAAGAUCAGCGCACUCGAGGUGGAGCGCCACUUGCUGGCCCAUCCAGACAUCACAGAUGUGGCUGUGAUUGGCGCCCGGGACGCCACAUGGGGUCAGAAAGUCACUGCGGUGGUACAGCUUAAGAAGGGGCGGAGCAUGACCCUACCUGAGUUGAAGGCUUGGGCCAGGGAGCACAUGGCGCCCUACACCAUCCCGACAGGCCUGGUGCUGGUGGAGGAGAUGCCAAGGAAUCAGAUGGGCAAGGUCAACAAGAAGGACCUGCUGCGACAGUUCUUCCCAUGACUGGACUGUGUCGCUGUCUGUGGCACCACACCGGCACUUCCUGCCAAGGCGACGGGGGCACUAGUGCAGAAAUAACUUGUCCCAUCUGGGCACGUGUGCAGUUCCCCCUUGGUUAAACAACACAGCCGAUGUCUUAUCACCAUCAGAUCUGUACAUACACUGUACAGUCUGGAUUAAUGGAUUCUGGACAGCAAGCUUAUUCUGCUGUGGCACCUGACAAAACAAUUGAGUUUACCAUGUAAUGGAUGUUCAGCUGUGCCGACAUAGAUGUGGUGAAACACUCCUACUGGUAAGAGAAUGUGUGAGCAUUAUUGAAUAGGGGUGGGAAUCUUUGGCUCAGCAAUGAUUCAGUUUGAUUUACAAUUCACCAGUCAGUGAUUGAAUCAAGAAUGAUUUUCCUUUUUGAAAGAUUCAAUUCGGUUCGAGUCUGUAAAACAUGAUUCAAGACAAUAAUUUGAUUUAGUCCUUUUAGCCAAAAUUGUAUUGCAACAAUUUAAGACUACUCUUUCUUCUGAAAUGUAAACACAUCAGACAGCAUAAUCAUUUAAACAUUAGGCUAUUUAUUCUAAAAAAAAAAAAAAAAAAAAAAAAAAGCAAUUAAUAAAGUUUCUUGACAAAAACGUUUAUUGACAAUGUUAGAUCAACAUAAUGUUAUAUCCUUUAAGAAUCAUGAAUGCUUCAAAGCAUUUCAUAUCAAUUCUGACCAAAGUCAGAGGGAUUCAUUCUAUUUCUUGAAUGUGUCUGUUGAAUAUUGUUGAAGGUGAAGGUGACCAGUUUUUUCAGGGGAAUGACCAGAGAUUUCAUUGUAACAAUUGCAGUGACCAGAAAUUCCAGCGGUGUGGUGUUAAAAGAACCGUGCUUAAUUACACCAGCAGCAAAACACAAUGAAUGACAGUGAGGUAGUGGAAUUGGAAACAUGAUGAUCCUUGAAAUUUAGAAUACAUUCUUAAGGUUCUAGUUCUUUUAUUCACAUUGAUGAAGAUCUGAGGUUCUAAUAUAAUAAAAUUCUAAGUAUUUUGAAGUUA